AGCUUUGCUUCGCUUUCGUCUCGUUGCAGGUACUCCUCCAGGUCAAGAGUUACGCUUCGAUUCCGCUUGAGUUAGUUCCAAAGAAUCGAACUUUCGGUGAUCUUUCCAUCGUUCUGUACAUCUAUAGGCAAGCGAAUCCACUCACAAAAUGCAGAACGAAGCUGGUGAGAUGACCGAUCUGUACAUCCCGAGGAAAUGUUCUGCUACGAACAGGCUCAUUACUGCUAAGGACCACGCGUCGGUCCAGAUUAAUAUCGGGCAUUUGGAUGAGAGUGGCGUGUACACGGGCCAGUUCACCACGUUUGCACUUUCUGGAUUUAUCCGGGCUCAGGGUGAUGCUGAUAGUUCUCUGGAUAGGCUUUGGCAGAAGAAGAAAGCUGAAGUCAGACAACAGUAGAAAUCACUUGUGACAGGGAAAAUUCUAUAUGUUUGAUCCGAGUGAUGAAGUUACUUUAGUUUCUGAUGACAUUUUAGUCCCCAAUUAGAUGCUUUAAUUGUAUUUGACUGAAUGGAGCUGUUAUUUCUUUCAUUGAUCUUGAUAUGGUUAAUGAGGCUCAGAAUUACCUCAA